CUCCUGGUCCUGUGUUGGAGACCUUUGUAGGGGAUGAUAUUAAUACCAUUCUCAUUCUAAAUCUCUUCAGUGGAACGGAGUACAGUGUUAAAGUAUUUGCUUCGUACUCAACAGGCUUCAGUGAUGCCCUAACAGGCGUAGCCAAAACCUUGUACCUGGGUGUGACAAAUUUGGAUUCCUAUCAAGUCCGCAUGACUAGCCUCUGUGCUCAGUGGCAGCUUCACAGACACGCUACUGCAUACAGGGUAGUUAUUGAAUCACUUGUGGAUGGGAAAAAGCAAGAAGUAAAUCUUGGUGGAGGGACGCCUAGACAUUGUUUCUUUGAGCUGAUGCCUGGAACUGAAUAUAAAAUCAGUGUCUACACACAGCUUCAGGAGAUUGAGGGCCCUGCCGUAAGCAUCAUGGAGACAACAUUACCAUUUCCAACUCAACCACCAACAACACCUUCUACACCACCCCCACCACCUACAAUCCCUCCUGCGAAAGAGGUGUGUAAAGCAGCCAAAGCUGACCUAGCAUUCCUGGUGGAUGGGUCAUGGAGUAUUGGAGAUGACAAUUUCAAUAAAAUAAUUAGCUUUCUCUAUAGCACUGUUGGAGCUUUGGAUAAGAUUGGUCCUGAUGGAACGCAGGUGGCAAUAAUUCAGUUUAGUGACGAUCCCAGGACAGAAUUUAAAUUGAAUGCAUACAAAACAAAAGAGACUCUUCUUGAAGCUAUUCAGCGAAUAGCCUACAAAGGAGGAAAUACAAAAACAGGCAAAGCCAUUAAGCAUGCAAGAGAAGUUUUGUUUACCGGAGAGGCAGGCGUGAGAAAGGGCAUUCCAAAGGUUGUGGUUGUCAUUACUGAUGGGCGAUCACAGGAUGAUGUGAACAAAGUCUCCAGAGAAAUGCAACUAGAUGUUUUCACUUUUUUUGCUAUUGGAGUAGCCGAUGCUGACUAUUCAGAGUUAGUUAAUAUCGGCAGCAAGCCCAGUGAAAGACAUGUCUUCUUUGUGGAUGACUUUGAUGCCUUUACAAAGAUUGAAGAUGAGCUGAUCACUUUUGUUUGUGAAACUGCAUCAGCAACCUGCCCAUUGAUAGUUAAAGAUGGCAACAAUUUUGCAGGAUUUAAAAUGAUGGAGAUGUUUGGUUUGGUUGAAAAGGAGUUUUCAGCUGUGGAGGGGGUUUCAAUGGAACCUGGUACAUUUAAUGUUUACCCAUGUUACAGACUACACAAGGAUGCCCUGGUAUCCCAGCCUACCAAGUAUUUGCAUCCUGAAGGUCUCCCUUCUGAUUACACCAUUACGUUUCUCUUUCGUAUACUCCCCGACACACCUCAGGAGCCAUUUGCUCUUUGGGAGAUUUUAAAUGAAAAAUAUGAACCACUGGUUGGAGUUAUUUUAGAUAAUGGUGGUAAAACACUGACUUUCUUUAACUAUGACUACAAAGGAGAUUUUCAAACUGUGACUUUUGAAGGUCCUGAAAUAAGGAAGAUAUUUUAUGGGAGUUUUCAUAAGUUGCAUGUUGUUAUCAGCAAGACUACGGCCAAAAUAAUUAUUGACUGCAAGCAAGUGAGCGAGAAGACCAUUAAUGCAGCAGGGAAUAUUAGUUCUGAUGGCAUAGAAGUGCUGGGGAGAAUGGUCAGAUCCAGAGGACCAAGAGACAACUCUGUGCCAUUGCAGUUACAGAUGUUUGACAUUGUCUGUGCUACCUCAUGGGCCAAUCGGGACAAAUGCUGUGAGCUGCCUGGCUUGAGAGAUGAAGAAAAUUGCCCUGCCCUUCCUCAUUCUUGUUCCUGUUCAGAAGCUAAUAAGGGUCCCCUUGGACCUCCUGGACCACCGGGUGGUCCAGGUAUCAGAGGUGCCAAAGGUCAUCGUGGCGAUCCAGGUCCAAAGGGACCAGAUGGACCUCGGGGUGAAAUUGGUGUUCCUGGACCACAAGGACCUCCAGGACCACAAGGACCCAGUGGACUUUCUAUUCAAGGGCUUCCAGGGCCGCCAGGUGAAAAGGGAGAGAAGGGAGACCUUGGUUUUCCUGGCCUGCAGGGUGUCCCAGGAGCUUCAGGAUCACCCGGAAGAGAUGGAGCUCAAGGUCAAAGGGGCCUUCCUGGCAAAGAUGGACCCACAGGCCCACAAGGACCCCCUGGCCCAAUGGGCAUACCUGGUGCUCCAGGUGUUCCAGGUGUUACUGGAAGCCAGGGCCCACAAGGUGAUGUUGGAGCUCCUGGUCCUCCUGGAGCUAAGGGUGAAAGGGGUGAGCGGGGUGAUCUCCAGUCCCAAGCAAUGGUGCGUGCUGUUGCUCGCCAAGUGUGUGAGCAACUCAUCCAGGGUCAUAUGGCAAGAUAUAACUCAAUUCUGAACCAGAUUCCAAGCCAGUCUGUCUCGACGCGAACCAUUGCAGGACCUCCUGGUGAGCCAGGUCGGCCAGGGGCUCCAGGGCCACAGGGUGAGCAAGGAUCACCAGGCAUGCAAGGGUUUCCAGGAAGUCCUGGUCAACCAGGAAGACCAGGAGAAAGAGGUUUACCAGGCGAGAAAGGAGAAAAAGGCAAUCCAGGUGUUGGAACGCAAGGACCCCGAGGCCCACCAGGAUCUACAGGACCUCCAGGAGAAAGCCGAACUGGCAGCCCAGGACCACCAGGCUCUCCAGGCCCACGAGGUCCCGCUGGUCACACGGGUCCCCCAGGCUUGCAGGGUCCUUCUGGGCCACCAGGCUACUGUGACCCUUCCUCCUGCGCAGGGUACGGCAUGGGAGGUGGAUACGGUGAGCCAACCGAUCAAGACAUCCCCGUAGUGCAGUUGCCACAUAACUCCUACCACUAUGACCCCGAGGACCUUUAUGAUGGUGAGCAACAGCCGUACGUAGUUCACGGGUCCUACCCCUUAUUACCCCCAUACACCCAGUCCUCCUAUCCAUCACCUCAUCUUGCUCAACCAGAGUUCACUCCAGUUCGAGAAGAGAUGGAAGCUGCUGAACUGAGAUCCCCAAGAAUUAGCCGCUUCACACGGAAGGUAGCCAAAAGGAGCAUCAAGACCCCAGUCCGCCACAGGGUGAAUGGAAAACAACCCUCUCAAUGAACUGUUUAAAAAAAGGGAAACGUUUUAUGUGCUUGGCCUUUUGUCCAGGUGCCUAAUCUGUCACGGAAGAUGUUUACAGGCUCUUAUAUAAAAGGAGAAAAAAAUGUACAUGACCAGUCGACACAAUGAAUAAUGGUAAUUAUCUUGCAUGCCAGAAACUUAGUAUGUUAGUGGGUUGGUGCUAGAUGAUGAUGAAAGGUCACUUGUAGACCUUUCUUUGGAGUACUGUUCCAUACACUAUUCAAACUGUAUCUAAAAAAAACCCAACACCCAACAUCCAGCUAGUUGGUGUACCUAGAACCAUUCAAAAAAGUUAAUGUUUUCUUAUACAUGUUUUUCCAGUUGAUUACGUUCUGGUAGUUUUGGAUGAGUUGCUUUACUAGCAGAGUAACCCUACUACAUUCACCGGGGAACAAUGCAUACAGUUUCUUUGAACCCAGCUAUUACUUUUGCAAAGAAAUCUUAUGUUAAUGGAAUAUUUUUUUUAACCCACAUUAUAUAAAUACACAAGAAUGUUCCAUGGGAGCACACUGAUAAUUUAUUGUGAACCUCUUUCAUUUCUGUUUUGUAUGCAAAUAAAAGUGGCAAGCUUUU